AUGGCAAAAUCUAUAGCAAGAACGGGUUCACGUAGGAAUGGGCGUAGUGGUUCACGUAAAAGUACACGUAGAAUACCAAAGGGAGUUAUUCAUGUUCAAGCAAGUUUCAACAAUACCAUUGUGACUGUUACAGAUGUAGGGGGUCGGGUAAUUUCUUGGUCCUCUGCCGGUACUUGUGGAUUCAAGGGUACAAGAAGAGGGACGCCAUUUGCUGCUCAAACCGCAGCAGGAAAUGCUAUUCGGACAGUAGUCGAUCAAGGUAUGCAACGAGCAGAAGUCAUGAUAAAGGGUCCUGGUCUCGGAAGAGAUGCAGCAUUACGAGCUAUUCGUAGAAGUGGUAUACUAUUAAGUUUCGUACGUGAUGUAACCCCUAUGCCACAUAAUGGCUGUAGACCCCCUAAAAAAAGACGUGUGUAG